GGGCCCCGCCGGCGACGUGGUGGGUUGGGCCGAUGUAUUGGAGCUGCUGCACUACCUACUUGGGGCGAGUGAGAGACGCUGGGGGCAGGAUUAACUUUUUUUUUUUUAGAUUUAAUGUUCUGUUGAAAGAAAAACAAAUCAAGUUCCCUUGUACUGAUUCUGGACAUUCUGCCAAUGUUUUUCAAAUUAAUAAUUUAAUUUGAAUAUCAUCAUGGGAGGAGCUGUGAGUGCUGGGGAAGACAAUGAUGAUUUAAUUGACAACUUAAAAGAAGCUCACUAUAUUCGUACUGAAAGAGUGGAGCAAGCAUUUCGAGCUAUUGAUAGAGGAGAUUACUAUUUGGAAGGCUACAGGGACAGUGCUUAUAAAGACUUGGCUUGGAAGCAUGGAAACAUCCAUUUAUCAGCACCUUGCAUUUAUUCUGAAGUAAUGGAGGCACUGAAACUUCAACCAGGAUUGUCUUUUCUUAACCUGGGAAGUGGAACCGGAUAUUUGAGUACAAUGGUGGGCUUAAUUUUAGGUCCUUUUGGAAUAAAUCAUGGAAUUGAACUUCACUCAGAUGUGGUGGAAUAUGCUAAGGAAAAACUCGAGAGCUUCAUCAAAAAUAGUGAUAGCUUUGACAAAUUUGAGUUCUGUGAACCAGCAUUUGUGGUUGGUAACUGCCUCGAGAUAGCAUCUGAUAGCCAUCAGUAUGACCGGAUUUAUUGUGGAGCUGGUGUCCAGAAAGACCAUGAAAACUACAUGAAAAUAUUAUUGAAAGUGGGAGGUAUUCUAGUCAUGCCUAUAGAAGAUCAGUUAACGCAAAUUAUGCGAACUGGACAGAAUACCUGGGAAAGUAAAAACAUCCUUGCUGUUUCUUUUGCUCCAUUAAUACAACCAAAUAGGAAUGACAAUAGCAAACCAGAUUCAGUGGGAUUACCUCCUUGUGCUGUCAGGAACCUUCAAGACUUGGCUCGGAUUUAUAUUCGACGUACACUUAGAAACUUCAUAAAUGAUGAGAUGCAAGCCAAGGGUAUUUCUCAGAGGGUUCCUCCCAAAAGAAAAAGGAAGAGAGUUAAACAAAGAAUCAACACAUAUGUGUUUGUGGGCAAUCAACUUAUCCCUCAGCCUCUAGACAGUGAGGAUGAUGAAAAAAUGGAAGAAGACCACAAAGAAGAGGAAGAGAAAGACCAGGGUGAAGCCUUGAAGCCAGAGGAACCCCCUCAAAAUCUAUUGAGAGAGAAAAUCAUGCGAUUACCCCUGCCAGAGUCUUUAAAAGCCUAUUUGACAUAUUUUAGAGAUAAAUAACUCAUGUGAAGUAGAAAAGAUACCUAGUAAUAAUUCCUUUUUUUUAAAUGUAGCAUUUGUUAAGAAAUGAAUCAAUAUACACAAUUGUGUCUUCCAGUAAGACAGAAUUACAAUGAAAACCAUAGCCAAUUUCUGUCUUAAAAUAAGGAAGACUUAGAUUUAACAAAAGUCCCUUUUAUAAAAUCUAUUUUUCUUUACAUUUUGAAAAAAUGCUAUUUUAACCCAGAGAGAUACCCCAAACUAAUCAAGACUUUGUGCAUGGGUAAAGAAAACCAACCCCCCCCUUUUUUUUUAAACCUAACAGAUUUGUAUUGGGUGAAGGGUAGAUGAAAUUUUAUAUCUGGUUAAGUAAUAAUUUGUUCAUGUAUUCUGGUUCAAAAAGCUAUUGUUGGCAUUUUUUCUAGGAAGAAUUUUAAAAAAUGAAGACCUACUUCUAAUAAUGACAUCAAACUCUUUGUAGACUUAUUUACUAUACUUCUGUUGCAAUCAUUAUUGCUGGGUUGUUAUAGAUGUAUUCCGGGUAAUACAUAAGUGCAAUAACCGAGUACAAAUACUGAAAAAGUUGGCUUUAAUAAAAAUUCAAUGUCUCUGGUGAUCAGACAGUUCUGCUACUUUUACAUUUGUAGCUACUGCCAAAAGACCUAAGGGGUGGGAAAUUACUGUUUUCUCUCAUAGAGACAACUUAGGGAACAUCAUGCUAAUAUUAAAGCAGAUAUAUUGUUAAUGUAGCUCUUAGUUUGUAUGAAUAUGCUACAGUUUCAGUAUUUAUAAAUAAUGAGAAUAUCUGAUUCUUGGGAGCUUUAAAAGACUGCAUAUUGAGUUCUUUUAUAGCUCAUGGUAAUAAUUGUCACAUUUGGUAAAAAAAAAGUCAUGUUCUACAUUCGAUAUUUUAAUAGAAUAGGAAAUGAAUAAACAUUAGCUAUUCUUCCUUGGAUCAUUGUAUUAGCAGGGCCUUUUAGGUUUGUUAAGCAGAUGCACUUUAGUAAGUGGAAUUUAAACUUCUGAGUAUUUUUCCUUUUACAAGGUAGGGCUAUAUGGGCGUAUAUAUGCUUCUGGACACAACUUUCUAAUGUAAAACAAUUUUCACAGAGAUCUUAAUACAUUUGUUUUUUGUUUUUGCUUUUGUCUGUGUACGUGUGCAAUUUUUGUUUAAGAUUUGUAGGAUAAUUUGGGACCUACUAUGUGCUCAUUUAGAAUCCUUUCCUUUUAUGCUUUUUAUUGGUUUGGGGAAAUUAUUGCUGUUUUCACCUUAGCUUGAUGGAUUGCUUUUUAUAAGAAGCCUGUCUAAUAUUUGAAUCUUAGUUGUAAGCAUAUCAGUGAAAAAUUAGAAAAUUUAGUAAAGUAUGUUAUAAAAGCCAUUAUGAACAGAAAUAUAUAUUUUUUUUAUAUUGGGCCCAAUGGAAGUCAUUCCUUAGCAAGAUAACUUGCAUGUAAUUACUACUGAAAUAAUAGUAUUACAUCAAUUAUAUUUUUAAAUAAUGAAACACAGUACAUUGCCCUGUUAUUACCACCAGCAUCACCACCACAGUUAAAAUAUGUACUGAUUGUAUUUGCUCAAGGAAACUAGCCAAUAUGAACAUGGUAUAACGGGUUUAUUAUCUGUCUCUGAAGAUUCAAAUAGUAGUAACACAUAAAUCCACAAAUUUAGCUCUACUGUACACAAUCUAAAAUUAGGUAUGUAGAGUGUUUUAAGUUUCACUUGCCUACUUCACUAGCUUCACUUGUUAUAAAUAAGAGGGUCUUAGUAAUAGUUAAAAGGUUAUUUCCCAAAAGGUCUGUAUUUUGUAUCUCUGAGGAAAUAUAGAUCUACACAUUCUUCUAUAAAAUUAAAUAAACUAUUUAACUGUUAUUGGAAAGUAAUAUUCUAGUAAAUUAUAUUUACUGGAAUAACACUUGAAGUUUUUUUUUUAAUAAGGCAAUUGCAUUUAGAAGUUUUUAUAUAUUGUAGUAUUAGAGUAAAUUUUGAAAUAUUAAACUACUAAGCAUUUGUCUUUUGAUUUGGAUAUUUUCUUUCUGGUAAAAUUUCAUCUUAACUUCAGUUGCUCAACUAUUUUCUAAAAGAUCUGGGGAAUUUACAUUUUGUUCCUUUAUCUUUCUUUUGGAACCUGCAGCCAAUAAUUAAAAGUACAAAGGUGUUAAUUUUAAUGAUUCACCUCCUUAAGAAAAAAGCUUUCUUUUAGGAUGCAUGUGAAGACUUGACUUAUUUUUCUUUGCAUUUCAUUCUGUUGUAUACUUGAUAAGAUGGACAAUAAAUAGAUAAGCAAGAUUACUUGAUGUUUAAUGUUUGUCCUUGAAAUGAUCUUU